AUGGGUGAAGUUCCGGAAGAGCACGUUUCACCGUUCGAAUUCUAUUUUUAUCUUCUGAACGGAUGCCUGGGCAUGGUGAUGAACAGUGCUGUCUUGUUCUUGGCCUUCAAGUACGUGGACACCAGGGACAAACCCCGUCAAGUAAGUAAUGAAAUUACUUUUUCAAUCAAGGUUAUUGCUCUAAUUGCAAGUAACCUUAUUUCUAUUAUUUUGCAAAUUUGACAUAACAACCUCGUUUUGUAGGAAAAGUUGAGUACACGUGGGUAUACACUUAGUAUUAAAUGGUAUUAUACAUUUUAACAUUUAUGUUAAUAUCAAUAUUUACUACAAAAUUCAAAUUGUUUUAAUUAAUUUGAAUGUUUUUAAGUUUAGUUCUGAAAUGAUUUAUGUUUGUUGAAGGAAUCGUGGGAUUCUUAUCUUUUUAUGUAAGCGGAGCUACUAUUAUUAGAAAUUUGUUAUUUACAAUUAGCAACUGUACUAUCAAGCCUUAUCAUUAGUUGAAAAAGACGAAAUUUGUAAAAAUCAACAAAAUAUAGUGAUUUAGACUUAAGACUUUAUGCUUUUACAAUUUACAAGUUGAAAAAGUAAAAAAAAAGUUGUAAAAGUUAAGAUAUCAAUGUGUGAGGUACCUAUUUUAUCAGUUUUAUAAGGGAAAUAAGUCAAAAUUAAAUAGGAAAGUGAAAAAUAUAUAUAGAAAAAGCUACAAAUGGAGCAAUAUUUUGGCAAUUCCACUUACUUUUUGUCCAAAAACUAAAUUUUGUUACCUAAAAAUACAAGCCAACUUUAAACAGCCUAGUUGUUUACAGAUUCUGGUGAUGAACAUGACCUUGGCCGACCUUCUCACAUGCACAAUAUACAUGCUGACACGGCCGUACUUGAAUAGGUUCGACGAGAUGUUGUGUUACCCCUAUUACAUCGUGAUAUUCACCUCACAACUGGCUAGCUGUGUGUUUUUGUUGUGUAUAAACCUGGACAAGUUUAUCUUCAUUGUGUAUCCUCUACAUUACUAUGAGAUGGUCACUCGGAAGCGGGUUCUGAUAGUUAUGAUAGGCAUCUGGAUGACAUUGUUCAACUUGGGGGCUUUGGCUUACAGUCAGCUACAGAUUGUGGUAGGUUUGGAUAUUAUACUAUGUUAAAGGAUUGUGAUGCUUAUUGGUUUUUUACAUUUAUCAUGAAUAUGUUGUUUCAGAGUCCGUGUAACGCCGUCCAAAUCAACCCGUAUGUUUACUUGACCAUCAUAGUAAUAUACGUCCUUGUCAUUACCAGUAGUUUUGUCAUAUCCUCCAUUAUUUACUACAUUGCCAGGAAUUCUCAACGUCGAGAUGCCACUUACAGUAACGUAAGUUUGUACUGUUUAUGUAAUAUAGUGCAUGAAAUACUACAUAACAUAGCAUAGUACAUAACACUUAACUUACAACGAAAAGCUUAUUUACACUAUAGCUGUUAUGUGUUUACAAUAUGUUUACGUAUAUGUUAAAGAAGCCUAUGUGUAUUUUUUUUACUAGAGAGUAAAAAUCCAUAUAUAGUAUAAGACAUAACAUUUACAACCGAAACCUGUAUGCAUAGCCUUAGGAAUCCCUUGUAUAUUUACAACAGGCAAACGUAUAUCUACAAGAAGAAUGUAUGUCUACAACAAAAAACAUAUAUGAGCGUUUAUAUAUCACAAGCAGACAUGAGUGUGACAUACGUUUGUGUUUACUUUCAUCGAAACGGCCCUAAAAUUUGAAUUUAAACCCCUUUUAAAGGAUUUCAAAUCUUUAAAACGUCUGAACAGGGUUUUAAAAUGUUGGCUAUGUCAAAAAAAAGUUUAAAAAACAAAAAAUGAUAGUGGAUUUGAUACAUUCAGUGACUAAAAAAUAUUAAUUUAGGUCUUUUUAACAGAGGAAGAGGUUAGUAGGGUAUUUCUACAAACUUUUUGACCCUAGUUUCUUGACCGCGUGAGCUAUUUAAACACAAAAAACAUACGAAAUCAAACAUUGUGACAUUGUUUUGACUGUUAAUUACACUUGUUUUGGCUUCAGAUUACAUUAACAGUGAGAUGUGAUGUUUUUGAAGCAUCAUUAGUUAAGCCAAGAUAGAACUGGUGUUCAACCAAUUUCUUUAUGUACUUUUAAAAACUCAUGUUUUAGUGCUGAAGACUUAUGUAUAGUACUAUUUUUAUCAAUAAAUUAAGCUUUCGGUCAAAAAUUACCUAGAAAAUCAAUUUUGACGUAAAACAAUAUUCCAAAGACUUUUUGACCAAAAUUUUUGAAAAUUUUUUUUUCAAGGCGUUUUAUUAUUAACUAACACAUUACUAUACAAAAUAUCUUUCUUUACACCAAAAGUCUAAAUAUAAACGUAUCGUAUGUUUGGCUAGCUGACAAUGAUACGUCGUAUGUUUGUUGUGCGAUUAUAAACUACUCAGUAAAGUCAGAAAUUCCCAGGAAUUAACGAUCUGAUAGUACACAAAACAUCUGUGCAUAACCGAGUACUUAACCCAAACAUCAUCGUACUUUACGUAUGCACGUUACUCAGUAAAACGUUAUAAAUAAUGCAUCGUACACGGGUUGGAGCUUGAUUUACAUAACUCUGAUUAAAAACACAUUUUCAUAACUUCCACAUACUUUUUCACCAAAAAAUAUUAUAAUAACAAAACAAUGCAGUAAGAAACAUAUAGAUACAGCAGGAAAAGUACAGUAAAACAAAUACCAAAGUAAUGUAACUACCUAUUACAAUAUCACUACUUUCAGAAGGCCUUCAAACGUCUGUUCUUUGUCUUCAGUAGCACGUUGUGGACCUUCUGUACUUGUCUACCGUACCGUGUGUGUUUCCUUAUUAGUGCCAUUCUGAUACCGUGCAGUCGUACUACAGACAGUGAGGAAUCUGUAUUCUGCACACUGACGGCCGUCUUCUUCUACAUGAUUGUAGUCGGCAUCGUAUUCAACGCGCUGAUUACUGUAGUCACCCAACGAGUGUAUCGACAGCAUGUGAUUAAGUUGUUGCCGUUCCUAACUACAAUCGGGAAGUCGGCGGAUUCUCGGAUGGUGAGAUUCAGAAGGCCGAGCCAGCCGUUAAUGAAGUCAGAAGCGGACAAGUUGACUGGUAGUAGUGGAAUGCAGUAA